AUGUGUCUGUUUAAAGGGGGCCUUGGACACAGGUUCAGGGGUUUGGCCUGGGACAAGCUGCCGCUGCCUGCUGCUCCCCUGGUUGCAAGUCUCGUGGAGACUCUUAGAGUUCAGGAGACAAAACUAAGGAGGCACACGUCAGAGGGAAGAAAGGCAAGCGUGUGCUCCAGAGAGAGACCACACUGGCUGGCUCAGGGAUUCUUAACCUGUUUUCUAAAGGGGAUUUUGGCAGAGGUCUCAGGAUCGCAGUGGGAAUUCAGCUUUUCAGCUGUGUGCUUUAAUAUGCUGAUUAAUCAGUCAUUCUCUGGUCAGUAUUACCUUCAGAGAAUGUCACCAAAGAGGGACCUGGACAGCAUGGGGUCUGCCCCUAAAUGGUCUGGAAUGUGUAAACCAUUUGUUCCUAAGUGUCCCUGGUUAGGGAAGAGAAGACCUUGUCAUUUAUUAUCUUGCUAG